AUGAGAGACCAUUACAGUAAAAUUGGUUCUUACCUGGAAGUUCUAAAGAAAGCAAAACCAUCAUUAACCAUUAGGUUAGAAACUGCUCCACCAUUCAUUAACCUAGAUCCAGAGGCCACAUGUGAAACAUUCUUUAGAGUGUUUAUUUGUUUUGAUGGAGUCAAAAAAGGUUUUUUAGCAGGAUGCAGGAAGGUAUUGUGCUUAGAUGGGUGUUUUCUUAAAACAUUCCUUGGAGGGAUGUUGUUAACAGCUGUGGGAAGGGAUGGUAAUGACCAAAUGUUUCCUUUGGCAUUGGCAGCAGUUGAAGGGGAAAAGAAUGAGAGUUGGGAAUGGUUUAUGGAUGAGCUUAGGCAGUUCUUGGGAGUAAAUGAUGAUGGUGAAUCAUGGACAUUUAUACCUGACCAGCAAAAGGGUCUAUUGAAUGCUGUUGCAAUGGUAUGGCCAAAGGCAGAGCAUAGAAACUGUGAAAGACACAUCUAUGCUAACUGGCACAAGACAUACAAAGAUGAAGAGUUGAAGGAGCUAUUUUGGAAAUCAACUAGGGCCUAUUGUGAAGCUGAUUACUUGCAAGCCAUUGAAGAGAUGAGGGGCAUAAACCCUGAUGCAGUAGAGGCCUUACUGAAGCAAAAUCCCAAUUGGUUCAACAGGUGCUAUUUGAACACUCACACAAAAUGUGAUGUUAUAGUAAACAACAUGGCUGAAACUUUUAAUGGCUUUAUCAUCAAUGCAAGGUCACAACACAUUAUACACAUGUUAGAGGACAUAAGGAUUCAGGCUGCAUAUAGAUGUGAGGUGUAUCCCUCAUCAUACCAUGUGUUUCAAGUCAGGGAUUUUGAUGAUGUUUCAGUUGAUCUAGAUAAUAGAACAUACACAUGUAGGAAAUGGGAUUUGAGGGGGUAUCCAUGUAAACAUGUUUGUGCUGUAGCUGGGUUUUUGCAUAAAAAUGCAGAAGAGUAUGUUGAUGUGUGUUACCACAAAGACACAUACAUGAAGGAUUAUGAAUUCUCAAUCCCUCCAAUACCUAGUGAAAGGUAUUGGCCCAAGAUUCACCACCCUAUGGAUCCACCACCAAUAAGAUCUCAACCUGGGAGGCCUAAGAAGAAUAGAAAGAGGGAUCCUCAAGAGGAUCCAAAGAGACCAGGGAAACCUACCAAGCAUGGGGUGAUAAUGACUUGUGGUAAUUGUGGGGGUAGAGGUCACAACAAGAGAAAAUGUAUUGAACGGGGAAAUCAACAAUCUACUGCAGGGUCUGCUAAAAAGAGACAGAAGGGAACAAAAAAGUCAAGCCAGAAGUCAACUCAGCAAUCUGCUCCAGUACCUUCACAAGGAACAACUCAGCAAUCUACUCCAGUACCUUCACAAGGAACAACUCAGCAAUCUACCCAGGAGGGAAGCAAAAUUUCCAGCCAGAAGUCAGCUAAAAAGUCAACUGUGAAGUCAACUGGCAAAUGGAAAGGGAACAUACAAGGCAGUAGUUAA